CACCAUUGCCAGGCUAUUCUUUACCAUGACUGAACAAUGCCCUUGAUAUCUGCCUUCCGACCACCCUCCACGCGGAGCUCCUCUCUCCGGCGUAGACCCCGUAGGCAAAGGAGGUCUCCGCGACGUGACGAUGUCCAACACAAUCAGGAAGUUGAUCGGGACGAUGACGAAGAAGAUGAAGAUGCACAUUCCAUCAUAACGCCAUCCAAGCAUACGCCCAGGGCCAUCCGGGUACUACGGGGUUCUGUGUCGUCAGGGGGCCCGUUACGGCCUUUUCGUUUGAUAAAGCAGGACAUUCUGAACUUGCGCCGCAGAUACGUAUCAGACUGGACUGUCUUCAAUCAAUUGAUCUUUGCCAGUGCGGUCUAUGUCUUCUUUACGAACCUGCUGCCAGGUAUCACCUUUGCCAGUGACCUCUAUGUUCUGACUGGGCAGAAUUGGGGAACUAUUGAGGUUGUGUUUAGUACAGGCCUAUGCGGCAUCAUCUUUUCACUAUUCUCAAUCCAACCGCUAACCAUCCUUGGUGUUACUGGUCCUUUCUCAGUCCUUGCUGAGAAUAUCUACUCACUGUGCGAGGAUGUCUUCAAGAUACCCUUCUUGCCAUUCAUGGCCUGGUCUCUGAUCCAUUCUGCUUGGCUCCACUACGUCCUGGCUAUAGUUAACGCUCACGAUUGGACGAUGCGCUACGUUACCACUUUUGCAACCGAGAUAUUCUCGCUUCUCAACAGCAUUAUCUACUUCCAUAAAGCUAUACAAGAGCUUGAAAGAGCACAAGAUAGCCUAUCCUUUGCAGCAUUUCUCUACGCUAUCAUAGGAGCAGUGGGAACGAUGCUGCUCGCAAUAUUCCUAUCCACGGCCGAGAGCUGGCGCCCCCUGUUCCAUCGAUACAUCCGAAUGGGGUUAACCGAGUACGCUGCUGCGAUUUCCAUCAUCAUCUUCAUCGGGCUUCCCCACGUCGGAGAACUAGCCCAUCUAGACAAAAUGACACUUCCAGUCAGCACCUCAUUCAAGCCUACAUCCCCCAGUCGGGAUAGAUUCCUCGUCGAGUUCUGGCAUCUCCCUGUAUCUUGGGUGUUCGCCGCUAUCCUUCCCGGAAUCAUCAUCACCGUGCUCUUUUUCUUCGAUCACGAAGUUAGCUCAAUUAUCUGCACCAUUGAUCGCUACGGCACCAGGAAACCAGGAGGCUUUGCUUGGGACAUCGUCCUCCUAGGCACCACAACAGCACUAUGCGGCAUUCUAGGAAUACCACCUGCCAACGGACUUCUCCCUCAAGCCCCCCUCCACUCCGAAUCCCUGAUGCACACGGAGAAGGAGCAACGCACAAUCACAGUCGACGGAGAAGAGAAGACCGAAACAUACGAAGUGAAGCGCGUCUACGAACAGCGCUGGUCAGCAUUCCUCCACUCAGCCGUCAUCCUCCUCUUCGUCAGCCCGCCCUUCAUGAAAGUGCUCGGAUUGACCCCAACAAGCGUCCUAGCAGGGCUAUUCAUGUUUAUGGGCGAGCAGAGCCUAUCAGUCAACCCAAUCCUCUACCGAACCUUCUACCUCCUCACACCACCCUCCGAGCUCCCUCCCCUCCCACCAUCUCUUGCCCCACCACCACAACAACUACAACAACCAAUCACCUCCGAAGAAGAACCCCCAACACCAUCAUACAUCCCCAUCCACCUCUACACCAUCCUCCAAAUCGUCAUAACCGUAGCCAUCUUCAUCCUCACCCUCACCCGUGGCGCACCCGCAUUCCCCGUGCUCAUCGUCCUAUUAGUCCCCUUCCGUCUUCUCGUCAUGAAGCGCUGGUGGCCCCGCGAGGUCCUGAGGUUCGUAGACGCAUGGGCAUGUAAAGAGGGGACGCCGGAGGAUGACGAAGACGCCGAGGCGAAAUUGCGCGGUGAACAUGGACAGACCGGAGGGGUUUUUGCUGCGCAUGAUCAGUUCGGUUCUGAUACUGCUGUGACUGAGGAUAUGCGGAUAACCCAGGGAGUUGACUUGGGGGGAGGUGAUCUCGGGGAUAGACGUGGGGAUUGUGGAACUGGGAAUGAGUGGGUUGAGUUGGGGGUUUGGGAUCGUAAUGAUGAGGAGGCUGGAGGUCCGGCACGACAUCAUGGGGAGAAGUGAAUGUUACACUGUGGUUUAGAGGGUGGUUACGAUGAGAUGGAAAGCUGGUCAUAAAAGUACAGAUACAAUGAGGGACGGAAAAUGUCUAUAGAUCUAUCAAUAUAUUAUCAUUAUUAUAGACAUGGCC